AUGGACGAUGAAUUUUUAAGUUAUCUUGACAACUGUUAUCUAAUAAUAUUUUAUGAAACCUGGGGAUCUGAUAGGAUUAAUUUACCAGGCUUUGAAUUCUUAAUAACACCAAGUAUAAAACAUAUAGGAAAAAAGAAAGUUAGGUCCUCCAGAGGUGUUGCUGUCGGUCUCAGAAGUUCUCUUACGCAAGGCAUCAAACUCUUUUCAAUUCAUAAAAAUCUCAUUUGGAUAAGGCUAAAUAAAAUGUUUUUCAAAACAGAUCAGGAUAUUUUUCUCUGUGGUUUGUACAUUCCCCCACAGGAAUCCCCUUACUUUGAUCAAGACAUCUUUAAUAUUCUGGAAACUUCAAUUUCCCAAUUUAACCAUGACGGACACACUAUUUUAGCUGGAGACUUCAACAUAAGAACUGGCUCAUCCCCAGACUUAAUCGAUCCUGAUCAGUGCUCACACAUACCCGGCGACAUAUCCCUUCCGCUUGAUCCUCUCAAAAAGAGGAAAAAUUUUGAUUCUCAAAUUAAUGAACAUGGUCCUUCUCUGCUGGACCUCUGUAAAUCCUGUGACCUUAGACUCUUGAAUGGCAGAACGUUCGGAGACUCUUUGGGAAAAAUAACGUGCCACUCAGCCAAAGGAGUGAGUAUAGUAGAUUAUUUCAUUGUUAGUCAUGAAUUGCUUAACACAUUUACGAGUUUCAUAGUAAAGGAACCAACCGUUUUCUCUGACCAUUCCCAGCUAAUUGGAUGGUUAAAGAUUGGUCACCAGACCUGCCCUCAUUUUGAUAGCCCACCUAAGACACAAACUUUUGAUCUUCCACGACAAUUUAUUUGGGAUGAAAACUCCCAAGAUAAGUUUCUAAUCGCCCUUAAGCAUACAGACAUCUUUACUCUCCUAGCUUCCUUUGAGGCGUCAACUUUUGUAUAUAAUAGUGACGAUGUUGAUCUCGCUACAGAACAACUUAUAAUUAUCAUAAUUGAUGUUUGCUCAAGAUCCCUCCAAAUAGCUCAAAGAAGAAAGAAGAAAAAGAAAUCUAAACUAUGGUUUGAUAAAGAAUGCAAUUCUGCCAGGCAAUACCUUCAUGCUCUUUCAAGUAGAAAAUUCUAUGAUCUAAUCAACAAUCUGUACUCAAAAUCAAAAUGUUCUAUUAAGACUGACGACAAAAGAACAGAAUUCCUCAGUUACAGUAAAAGUGUACGGCAAGGUUGUAUCCUUUCCCAAAUACUUUUUAACCUCUACUUAAACGACAUUUCACUUCUGUUGGACCGCGAUGAUACAGACCCAAUAAUUCUACCCAAUGGAACCCGCUUAAAUUCCUUAUUCUACGCUGAUGAUUUGGUUCUCAUUUCGAAAUCAGCAGACGGUCUCCAAAAUGCUCUUUCUACCCUUGAAAAGUUUUGUAAUGAAUGGUUACUAUCUAUAAACCUAAAGAAAACAAAAGUAAUGAUUUUUCAAAAGAAAUGUAGAAAAUCAACAUUUUACAAAUAUAACUUUACUAUAGAUAGCAAUACUAUUGAGAUCGUUAACAUUUAUACAUAUCUUAGAGUUAAUUUUUCCUCCUCUGGCAAUUUUAAAGGUUGCCAUGGAAAUUUGAAAGAAAAAACACGUACGUCAAACUUUGCAACUCGUCGAUAUCUUAAUUUCACCAAAUUGCCUCUGGACAUUAAUUAUAAACUCUUUGAUUCCCUCUUUUUUCCAAUCCUAUUAUAUGGCUCGGAAGUUUGGGGUGUCUAUGACAAAGAGGACCUCUUUGCCUGGGAAAAAGAUGAAAUUGAAAAAACUCACAUUAAUUUUUGUAAGCAAACCUUAGGUGUAAACAAGCAAUGCCUAAAUGUUGCCGCUAGAAACGAAAUGGGUAGAUUACCGCUGAAAUUAACUAUAGAGACAUCAAUUAUAAAGUUCUGGAUUCAUCUACGCAACUUACAGGACACUGAUAUUGCAAAACAAUGCUUAUUCCUCUCCAAAGAAUUGGCUGAUAGAAACCUCUUAAUUUUCGAUUAG